AUGAGUGCGGCCACGGCGCCCGAGCGCGGCUGGAAGAGCGAGAAAGUGGACGAGGCGCAGGCCCUGGCGCGGAGCUGCGCCGCCCGCAGACCCGACUUCCAGCCGUGCGACGGGCUGUCCAUCUGUGCCACGCACAGCCAUGGCAAGUGCUUCAAGCUGCACUGGUGCUGUCACCUGGGAUGGUGUCACUGCAAAUAUGUGUAUCAGCCUAUGACCCCCGUGGAGCAGCUCCCAAGCACAGAGAUCCCUGCAAGGCCGCGAGAGCCGACCAACACCAUGCAAAUCUCCGUCUCGCUCACUGAACACUUUCUGAAAUUUGCGUCUGUCUUCCAGCCUCCGCUUCCCCCUGACUCGCCAAGGUACUGUAUGAUUUCCGAUCUCUUCAUCGACAACUAUCAGGUUAAAUGUAUUAACGGGAAGAUGUGCUAUGUGCAGAAGCAGCAGGCGCCCCAUUCCCAGAAGAUGAGCCCUGAGGAGGUCUCUGCACACGAUGCCUUAAUUUCUAAAGAGAGUGACACUCCGAAACUGGAUCACUGCUCCUCCCCUUCCGGUUCUGAGGACUCGGGGAUCAACGCAAUUGGGGCUCACUAUGUGGAAUCCUGUGAUGAGGACACAGAAGAAGGGGCGGAGCUGAGUUCUGAGGAAGAUUAUAGCCCUGAGAGCAGCUGGGAACCCGAUGAGUGCACCCUGCUCUCCCCAUCGCAGUCCGAUCUGGAAGUGAUCGAAACGAUGGAGACCACUGUGUAGGCAGCUGGGAACUGCGGCCGGGGUCCACCCUGAGCUUCUUCUGUUAUUUGAUUUGACGAGUCCUUUUCCAAUACUCUUGGCAUUUUCCAAGCCACAUUACUAACCGUAGCAGUCCAGUGAUCUGCUUAGUGUUCCCCUUAUAUUACCUUGUAAUGACAUUGUUUCCUUUUGUAUCUUGCUUUCUAUGUAGCAUCUGGUGUCAUGAGUUGUGACCCAGCCUUAACUUCACUGAGAACUUUGAGAGCGGUGGUGACCACAGCGACUCAUAGGUCACAUGGAGAAGCUACCCAGAGUGGAAGUAACCAUAGUUUACCAGUAGCCUGUCCUUCGUGGUGAAGGCUCUUGCUCCGCUCUGCUUCCCUUUGGCGUGUCAUGUGACACCUCUGUCCAGUUGGUUUCGGGGUUGGGGAGCAGCUCAGUUCUGGAAACAGUGUUGCAGCCAGUGUUCCCUCCCUUCCUUUUCUGUUUGUCACCCACAUUGGCUCAGGACAAGAGUAGCCUCUGUUACUUCUAGAAGGUCCUUCGAGGACUCCUGGUGAUGGCCGUGUCGCAGCCUCUGUGACUGAAAGGGUCUCUCUAGUUUGUGUCCAGUCCACCAGAGAUUCAGGAGUCCAGUUCUCACCUCGAAGGGGCCACAUUGUAGUACAGAACACAAGUCAAGCAGCUUGCUGUGCCCGGAGGAUGUUGGAAUCGGGAAGGAGUGGUGGACUCGGCCUGGGCUGGCUCAGAGCAUUGCUACAGUGUCUGAGCUGGCCCCAGGUGGGUUCUACAGCGUCCACUGCCCUUCUUGAUUGUUUUUCGGUUCAGGGAGAAGCAUUUAGGUUUUGUAGGUAUUAUAUUUAGGAGAUAACACAUCUGACAUCUUAAAAAAGUACACAAUAGUUUUAGUUAGCAUGAAAAUGCUAAGAGACAGAAGUCCUUUAGGGAUUAGGAAUGAAUCUAAUAGGUUUGAUCUAUUCUGCUUCGCUUGGUCGUAUGAAGCAUUAGAAUGGCUUAGAUGAGAAAUGGACUAGAAUUUGUAUGAUGCAUGGAUUUUAUGCAAAUGCAAAAACAGUUGAGAUAGCUCACUGCUGAGUCAGGAAGAUGUUUUCUGUAACACUUCUUCACUUUACUACCCUGGAGUCCACACACAUUGUAUGCAUUCUCUCUCACAGACAAAAUAGUGAGCAAUUCCUUCUUAUGUAGCUUUCUUCAAAACUCUGUUCCUAAUUUGCUAUCAACUGGGUAUGCUCAUGUGAUCUUAUUAUCUGCCAUUUCCCCAAAUCUAUCUGUGAGACAUAGUAUAAAUCUGGGACCUUUUAACAUACACUGUCAUAAAACAAGAGUCACAGGGCUGCAGGGAGAACCACCUCAGAUCCUGGCUGUGUGAGCAGGCACCAUAGCCUUGCUGUGUGGUCAGCAUCUCUGUACAUCCCUGUGUCAUUAGUGUGUACUGCAGGCAAGGAGACUGUGCUCUCUAGGCCUCCUCAUUUGGGGUUCUUCACUAUGUACUCUAGGAAGUAUCUGCUCCCCAGUUGGAUAUGGAGUCCAAGUGAUUGCUACUAGAACCUUCUCUAGGCUGAUGAGCCCCAAACACCCAGUGUUCAGAGGCAGAAUAUGUGCCUUCCUCUGGAAUGCAUUAGUUAAAAUGCCAUGUGUGAGAUAAGGAUAUAGCAAAACCCCCUACAUACUUAAAUUCAAGGUCUCAUACCAAGGACUAGCAGGUACAGGGAGGGCAGGUUGGAGCUGCCAUAUAUUGGCUGCUGGGUCAUUCUCCUGGCCUGGGACAGUCUGGUGACAUCUGGUGGGCCCUGCCUGAGGAUCGUGGUGCCACACUGGCAUGGAAAUGAAACACAUGAACCACAUAUCCUCAUCCUGCACUUGGGCUGCGAUGGCAGCAGUGGCACCAUCCUCAAAUGUGCUGUGGGUGAGCUCCUCAGCCCCCGAGGUAGAGAAGCAGACACACAGCAGGGCUUACUCCUGUACCUUUCCUAUCUACUUUUUUGCUACAGGCCACUGCCCGAAUACUAAACUAACUGGGGUCUAGAACCUGGGCUCCAAAGCCAUGAAAACACGUGGUCAUAGCCAAAGUUCUGAAGGUUGGCUAUGUAUUGGGCUUGGUCCCUUUAUCAGUAAUAUCUGUGACUUUUGUCCAGGGUCCUGUUUUCUAAACCUCUGAAACUGCCACUCAAAUUUGCCAUCACUGUGAUGGAAUUUUUUGGAUUUAAUAACAAUUGAUGAUCACAUUAAUUAUUUGCACAAUCUCUUUAUAAUUACCCUCACUAAGAUGCACUUGCCGUUUUAUAAAAUUGGACACAUUCCCUUGCAUUCUUGGAUCUCAAAACAGCAUUUUCUAAAUAAGCACAGCUGAGAGGUUUUUGGUUUUCUUCUCCUAACAGUGUUCAUACCAGUAACUGUCUGAAAUAUGAUUAAGCCAGAAUUAUUUCUCUAUGCUUGCAUUCUGAAAUCAGCCGAAAAGACUAUAAAAAAUGUAUAGCUUAACUGCAAUUCUAGGCCUAUUCUGUUCUUUGUUCUAUGAAAGAAUUUCUCUAUAAUCCUGAUAUUAUAGUGCUGAUUUGUAUAUGUGUAUUCAUAGGCACUUUAGAAAUACUUAGACACAAAAUGCACUAUAGAUGGUAAGCACAGUCGUGUUAAAUAGGCUUUUGACUAACACUUGUACAGCGAGAGUUGAAAGCUUGAAAUCUAGACCUUACAGGAGGCUUGCCUGGGGCAAGCCUUGGACCAUGUGGAUGGGUUUCUGUGGGAUUCUGGCACUGUUACCACUUUUGAAAGGUUGUUGGGUACCAGGGUAAUCCCACUAAAUGUGGAGUAUACUUUUCUUACAUAACCAAGAUUUUAAGUUUCAAGUGUGCCCAUAACUUUUUUUGAGAAAUGACAAAGCAACUAAAGUCCUUUUGGGGAUAACUAUUUGAUAUAUUUAAAAAAAAAAAGGCUUUACUUUAAAACCUAGGUGGUUUUUGCCUUUAACAUUUAAAGAAUAAUAUGAGAAUUUUGAGGACAACCCUGAAGAAAAAGUUGUUUUCCUAGAAGAAAAGACUCAUGCCUCAAGGUGACACAGUACAGAAGAGACUAAAACCUUAGCUACAGUGUCCAAACACAACUCAGCACAACACAGUGUAAUACAGUACAGAUCCAGUGUCCCAACAGGCCACAAUGCAACACGACACAGUACAAUAACAAAAUAACAAUGCAACACUGAGCCACCAAGUCCAGAACAACCACACAGCUAUUUUCUGACAAGUCUUUAGGAUCUGAUCUAGGAUCUGACUGUCUCUUUUACUUCUUAACCUCACCUGCUUGCCUAAUUGAAAUAACUCGGUCUUCUAGGGUUGAUCAGAACAAAUUAUUCUUAUGUGAAUUUGAUUGCAACCAGACACUUUAGAAAGUCAAAAUAUCCAUAUAUGCAUGGUCGUGUAGAUACUGCCAUGUAAGGAAAAAAAGCACACAUUUAAGUAAGAUACUAUUUAUGUCAUCUGCUCUUGAUUGUUCCCGAAUCCUAUUUGCAAAACUUUAUUGUCAUGGUUUUGGCUUUUUACUUGAGGAAAGUAUUCUAACUGGUCUCUCUCCUUCCCGUUUGUCCAGCGGUGCUGUGAAGUAGAGCAGUAGGUGCAGGCUGGGUACCCUGGGCUUUGUGGGGAGUGUGUUUCUGUGCUCCUUCUGUACCACACAGCCCAGAAUGCCAUCAGUAUAAACUCAAAGUAUAAACCUCAGUAUAAACUUAAGGGCAUUUCUCAAAAUGAAUUUGUUUCUAAAUCUCACCUUGUCGUGACUAUGGUGCCUGAACACGGGUGUACUGGAAGGGCGGGUGCGGUCCAGGGAGGAGCUGUUGCUGCUGAGGGCAGUGGGAAGCCUGUCUGAGGUUUGGAUGGCGCCUCCAGGACACUGUGUUUACUUGUGUUAGGCUGUCUGUACCUUGCUUGUCACCUGCUGUGCGGGCUCUUUUGAAUCUGUUUUGAAGUUUAAGCACAAUGUUGGCCCUUCUGUAAUUUCCUAAAAUUCCAUUGUUUUCCCCAGACAGCUGAACUUUAGGAGAUAUUGCUGUACAAUAAACGUGGUUUCCUUUUGUACUAGAA